AUGCGCCUCACUAACCUGCUCCCAUUCACAGAGGCCAUCAUGCAAGUGCACAUGCCGAAUAAACCUCCCCCAGCGUUGGAACGUUAUGAUGGCUCCGCCGAUCCCGAUAAUCACUUGCGCAACUUUGUAGACGCCAUGGCGUUCUACACAGAUAAUGACCCUGUCAUCUGCAGAGCUUUCUCCUUAUCCCUCAAGGAUGAGGCCUUGGAGUGGUUCCACACUCUUCCACGGAAUUCGGUAGAUUGUUUUGCGACAAUUGAAACUCUGUUCAGAAAACAGUACGCGACCAACAGAAAACUGGAGAUGACUGCUGCUGAGCUUGUGAAUACCAAGCAGGAAAAAGAUGAAACACUAAGAGCGUUCAUGCAACGAUACAACGAGACGACCCGGCGUGUGAAAGAUAUCAAUCACACCUUUAUCAUCAGCAAUCUACCUUCGGGCUUAAGGCCAGGAUAUUUUGCGGAACAAUUAUAUGCUGACCCUCCAGCAUCUAUGGAAGAACUGCAAUCCACAAUUGCAAAGUUCAUCCGCAUCGAGGAUCUCCGGAAUUCUCGGAAGAAGCAGCAGCAUGAUACCUCCAGUCAUGAUGUAAAGAAAACUGCAAAGUGA